AUGAAGCCGGAACCCAGCAACUCGUCCACCAGAACGGUGACUGCCGAAAGACUUGUCGACUUUGACGGACCCGAUGACCCGCUCAAUCCCCAGAAUUGGCCGAUGAGGAAACGAGCAUCCAUGUCUGUCAUCAUAGGUCUCGCCACGAUGAUGGUCUCCUUUGCGAGCAGCGUGUUUGCCCCCGCCAUCCCACUAGUCAUGAAGGCCUAUGGAAUCACGAGGGAGGUGGGAACCCUCGGAAUUUCGCUCUAUGUCUUUGGCUUUGCCUCGGGCCCAUUGAUAUUCGGGCCCUUUUCCGAACUCCAUGGCCGACACAUCCCCAUGGUCAUCGCCAUGUUUGGCUUUACGGUCUUCUCCUUCGCAACGGCGGUUUCCAAAGACGUGCAGUCUUUGUUUAUCCUGAGAUUCUUCACCGGAUUCUUUGGCGCCGGUCCUCUCACACUCGCGGGCCCUCUCUUCGUCGACAUGUUCAACGCGCGGCAACGGGGCAUCCCAAUCGUCAUGUUUUGUCUCAUGGUGUUCACCGGGCCCUUAAUCGCUCCAUUUAUAGGCGGCUUUAUCGUCAUGAACCCGUCACUGGGUUGGAGGUGGACGGCAUAUAUCCCUGGGAUCAUGGGAGCCGCGAUCACGGUGUUUGUAACCCUGUUCCUCGACGAGACGUAUGUCCCCGUGGUCUUGGCUCGCAAGGCCGAUCGUCUACGUCGGGAAACUGGGGAUUGGUCGAUUCAUGCCGUCCACGACGAGGUCAGCUUUGAUCUCCACGCUGUUGUUCGGGACUACUUCAGCAUCCCCCUAAAAAUGCUGGUGUGGGAUCCGAUCGUGUUGUGCAUGAGCCUCUUUGGCGCAUUUGUAUACGGACUCCUCUAUCUCUUCCUGACGGCGUACCCGAUCAUCUUCCAGAAAAUUCACGGCAUGAACCCCGGGGUGGGUGGACUGCCGUACUUGGGAGUGGUGAUCGGACUGCUGCUUGGGGCCGUUGGGAUUGCAGCAACCCAACCGUGGAUGGAGCGGAAGGCGGAGCGGACCGGGUUAGAGAUAAUGCCCGAAUGGCGCCUUCCCAUCGCCAUCCCCGGAGCCACCGCAUUUUCCGGGGGGUUGUUCUGGCUGGGGUGGACGGGGUACCAGCCCACGACCCAUUGGAUAGCGCCCACAUUGUCGGGGUUGCUGACCGGGUUUGGCUUGUUGACCAUGUUUCUGCCUUCCUUGGUGUAUCUAGUGGAGGCACGGGCCCGAAAAAGCGCGUCGGCUGUGGCGGCACACACCUUCCUGCGGUCGGGAGCCGGAGGCGCGUUCCCGCUCUUUGCAACAUACAUGUUUAACAACAUGGGGGUGGAAUGGGCGUGUACGUUGCUGGGCUGCAUCGGGGCGGUUCUUGUGCCCAUUCCGGUGCUGCUGUACGUGUGCGGCGCGCAGAUCCGGCAGAAGAGCCGGUUGUCGGUCGCGUAA